UAGCUUGCCAAGAAAAUGGGCAAACCAAUCCAUAAUUAGCGAAAGGGACUGCCCGUUAAUUGAAGAGUGAACCGAAGAAAAGGCCGAGAUAGAAGAAAACAUUAUUUUCGUGUUCUAGUUAUUCACGUGCCACGCGACGGUCUUCAAGGCAAAAUCAGCGAUGAUAUAUGCACGUUCGAGCGGAGGGUCUUAAAGAGCAAUUUUCAGCAACUACCCCGGAGAUUCUUCGACGACUAAUAACCGGGAUAAGCGUCGAAAUGAAAGUCAUAGCUUCCCGGGGCGCGCUCGCGCGACCGUCUCUUUCGCGAAGGGGUGGAGGAGAGCGCCUUUGAUAUCCGGGGUUGUUCGCUGGGACACGAGGGCCACGCGCGCUCUCGCCGUGGCCCUUUUUCACGGGGAAUAUUUUCGCAUCGCGCGGUCGAGAGCAGCCUCUCUCGCUUCCUCUCGAUGCGCGAAAGGCAGGUGGAGGAGUCGCGGCGCGCCGUUGAAGCCGAUCUGUCUCUCAAGGGCCGAUUCUUUCAGGCUGCAAACCCGGUGGAUUGUGUGCACAAGGGCCCACCCUCUUUAGAAUUCCCCGUCCGUAGAGGAGCGAGGAGCUCGUGUCGAAGACAAAGGCGCGCGGGGGUCGGCGCGCGAAAGGGGGUUGAAAGGAGCGAGGAGAGAGGCGCGAGGGAGAGUCGGGGACUCUCCCCCCCGUGAGGGAGGAGGCGCGGUUGAGCCCCCGAGGGGAGGUGAAAAAGCGAGAGGGAGAUAAGGAGAUAAAGGAAGAUGGGCGAGAGCUCGCCGGAUCUCAGCCUCCGGCUACGCCAGGGCAGCUCCGACUCUAGAGACUCCUUCUACAUGGACUUUGCACAGGGUAUCGAUUCCGAUAUCGAGGAAGUGACGCGGCCAGGCGACAAUAAUUCCGAUCCCAUGCUGGAAAAUCAUCUGGAGGAGAACGGGAACGACUUGCCGCCGAUUGAGGACAUUACGACAAUCCCCGAGGAGGCCUCGGAAGAAUUAAGGGAGGAGGAGGAAGCGGCCGCGUUGGAGGCUGCGCUUCGAACGCCGGACGGCGGCACGAUUAGCACGGAAAUCGAGAAACCGUCGACCGCGACGCUUAUGCAGGAUUGGCCAGGACUGCCGGUCGCGCUACCGUCACCAGCCUCACCAUCCGCGGUAAUCGUCUCGCCGGAAACACUGUCUAGACACAGCAGCAGCUCACCUUCUCGCGUUCACCGCCCACCCCAGUUUGCGUUGGCCCUACCAUGCUCCUCGCAGCCGAUUCCGGCGGUCUGCUAUCCGCCGACCUUCCUCGAGGUCACCGACGAGCGGAAGUGGAAGAACCUUGGAUGCGACGCCCUGGCGACCACUUUGAGCGCGCUGUACGGGAAACUUCUGGUUGUGAUGGGGAUCGCCUUUCCCAUGGCGGAAGUAAUAUCCACGUACAUACCGCCGUCUUUCUACGAGGCUUUCUACCUCUACCUCUACUUCGGCAGCAUGAUCUUCCUCGUUUAUAUGUACGCCAUGCUGUUCAGCGAUAACAAGACAAAACCAAAGAAGCAGAAAGACGUGUGCGAUCUGGACUCGUCGAGAUCGUCGAGCGGCGCCGGCGGCGACAGCGACGCACUUGAGACCGGAUACCCGCACGUGAAUGCGGUACGUCCGGUCCAGCACUACGGCAGCUUCUAUCUGCGGAUGGGCGCCGUGGCGUUCGGCAUCGGCUCGAUGAUCUACUCCGGGUUGGAAUUCGGCCAGUACUUCGAGCUGGAACAGAACACCAAGUGCCACAACAUCAUGCUGGCGCUCACGCCCGCUACGAGAAUGGCCUUCAUCUUCAUCCAAAUGUACUUCAUAUUCCUGAACAAUGAGCAAAUGAAGGUUUACCGUCAUCGCGUCGUUGCACGUUUCGGACUGAUGCACAUGAUCGGCACGAAUCUGUCAGUUUGGCUGAACGUUCUCGUGCAGGAAACUAAACACGAGAUCCUCACGUUCUACAAUCCGGAGAACAACUCCCUUAGAAUCUCCCACAGACUAGGCUCGAAAGGAGGCCUUCAUCUCGGCGGUCACAUUCAUGCCCAUCACGGAGAACACGUGCGGCUACCGCGCGGUCUAAAAGGUCCCCAUCACAUGUUCGAAUGCAGAAGGACGAAUAUAAUGGGAUCGCUGGUACAAGACGCCAGCCCCUUCCUCUUCCCGUGCACGAUAGAAUACAGCUUGAUUUGCGCGGCCAUUUUAUACGUAAUGUGGAAAAACAUAUCGAAAGUCGGAUUCACGCAGCCUGCAACGCCGCCGGGCUCGCGUCACCACGCACACGCCUACAGGAAAUCGCCUCACCAUUACAGCGUGGAUUGCGCCCGCGCGCACAAGGGCCUCUUCGUGGGCAUUUUGAUUCUAGUGCUGACCAUAAUCUCCCUCAUCCUCUUCUUCGUCCUCAUUUCGCGGCCCGAGCUGGUCAGCCUCGCGGUGACCGAGGUGAACGUCUGCGAGCUGACGCUCUACGGAAUGUCGACCCUGGCGACGCUGAUCGGCAUGUUCCAGAUGCGUAAACUGCGCUACGACGGCGGCAGAAAUCUGGAGCUCGACAACAUCCUCCUGGUGGCCGCUCAGACCGGCAUGUUCAUCUACUCCACGUUUACUAUUAUCGGCGGCCAUUUUACCCUCCAGAAGCACACGGUCCUCGUGCUGGUCACCGCUCUGGCCAGCGUCGUCCAGACCACCUGCCAGACCAUCUUCAUCCUGGACGCGUCGAGGCGCACGGUCGCCACCGCCGAACAGAUACGCAGGAAGCCGGGCCGCGAGAUCGUCACGUUCCUGCUGGUGACGAAUCUGGCCAUGUGGGCGAUCAACACGCUGGAGAAGUCACGGGCGGAAUCGCACCCGGUGCAGUUGCAUUUUUACGGUCUGUGGGCGUGGACGAUUAUCACCCACGUCUCCAUGCCGCUGGCGAUCUUCUACAGGUUCCACAGCACCGUGUGCCUGUGCGAGGUGUGGAAGCGGGCCUACAAGGUGAAGCCGACCUACAUGUGACGCAAGGGGUCCCGUGAGGUCAUAUGGAAAACCGGUGGGCUCCCGCAGCGUCCCAAGAGUCAACUGUCGAGGCUCGAUGUCAUCGCGGAGAAUGAUCCGGCGUAUUUCAUGUGAUCGAGAAAGACGUCGAGUCACGAGAAUUGCUUUCAAGGGGGGGAAUCCGUCGGGCGACAUUAUAAGAAGUAGACAUCAACAUCUUUAGACGGACAGAACUUUUCUUUAGACGUCCGAACAUGAUUAAAGCAUUGAUACGUACACGAGAGUUCAUAUGCACGUAAUUUGUAUCCAUUUCGAGGUAUAUUUCGAAGGAAAGCUAACGGUAUAAUAAUAAGUGGAUUCGGGGUCUCGAUAAGGGCGUAUCGAUAUCACAUACGUAAUUUGAUCACAGAAGAAGACGUCGGCAAAAAGAUACUCAUAAAUGCUAAUUGUCCCCAUAAACAGUAGGUUACUUCGUCAUUUAUCGACUGUCAGUGUUCUAGGUAGCCUAGUACGAAUUUAUUUCGUCGGAAUAAAUGUUGGCGACUCCGUGGAAUCUACACAGCGUCACUGUGUAAUUCUAAUAUCACUUUCUAAAAUGAUUCACCGUCUCGCCGAAAAGUAUCACUAUGACUCGCGUCGAAAAGAUUUCAGCAAACUCCGGAAAUGUAUAUUGAGAUCCUAUUGCUGCUAAGUCGAUUUAUCGAAACACAAUGUUAUAGUCUCCUUGAUCCCUACUCGACCACUUUUAGAGAUUUUGACUGAUGAAUAAUCUUCCUAUCCGCUAUUAAUAUCUGUAAAUAGCCUCCGAUAACUUGACCGCGUUGUAAAACCGACACAAAGAGGAAAGAUCUGCAAACCACGCGAAUGAACUUAGCAGAAUUGCAGCAUUCGUGCGAAAAAGGCACGUUGCGUGUGCAUUCAUGUCUAUCGCUUGCGAUCACAACCCCAAGCGAUAAUCCUACAGAGCAAAACUGACAGAACGAGAAUCACUGCAUGGGAGAAGCGAAUUUCAUUCGAUAAAAAAGAAAGUUCCAUCGCGAUAGCAGCAAAUAAGCGAUUUCCACUGUUAUCUCGCAUCGAUUCCGCAAUACCGUGCGAAUCGAUAGGAGAUAAGAGAAGCAUUUAUCUGUUACGUGAAGGAAUGCUUUACGAAGUGAAACAAUCACUUGUACUUCUCAGACAAUCUGUCUGAUUAGAUCCGCAACCCUCCUCGAAAUGGGGUUCAUUGAUAAAUGUUGAAUCGAUACCUGUCACAUACAUUCUAAAUUUGUCUCCUGUAGAUAUUCAAAUGACGACUUCCUCAAUUCAAUCGACCAAAAGAAACGAUCCAGUGCAGAGUCACGGAGAGACAUGAUUGAUCAUUAUCUUUGUUACACAUUUUAUUAAGGCUCGAUCGAACACAUAAUUCUGUAGGCGACAAAAUGACCACUCGUUAGAAAUAGAAGAGGCUAGAUUUUUCUUACAAUUAGAAUCAAUCUGGUUGAAACGUUCGGCAUAAGACUUCGACCAAUAUGGGAGCAAUGAAUCUUCUUCGUUCGAUAAACUUUUGUAUAUCCAUUCCGAGUGACGAGCGAGGAUUCGAGACGAAUUUCCUCUGUCGAAAGACUGAAACGAAUGUCAGGAGACUGGUCAGGGCACUAACAGUAAGCUUAAAUCCUGAUCCACUUGUGAACCGAUCGAACCGAGUCCUCUAGCUGUGUAUAACUUGAAUGUUUGGUGCUCGUAAUCCAAGACACUUGGACACUCUCACGGAUAUCCGUCUUCCACGUAGUACAAACUGCAGUUUAAACAACAACUGUCGCGUACAUGCAGACGACUCGACAGCUAAAAUAGCGACGGGAAAAGUAGAUUACGAGUAUGUUCAAUAGCGCGAAGCAACAGAGUCUUGAUAGAUUGCUAUUCGUGAAUUUUCAUGAACGUGGAUUUCGUAAACGAAAUUAUCGACCAUUUAUUGCGUGAGACAACUAGACGUAGAUCUUAAAUCCAAUUGACGAAUGAAUCUCGCAGGAAUUAGAAAUAUUUUAAUACCGACGAAAAAGAACCAACUGUAUGACUGAAAAGAACGUAUUUCUUUCGGUUUUCUAUUUAACAAACUCGAAAUCGAUUCGCACGAUCCGCGAACUUUAUAUUUUCGAGCGCCUUGCGUCCAUGUAUAAUUCAAUCAAUAAAGAAGGAACCAGAUGUAGAUAUUAAGUAUUCUAAAAGAGAAUUCAAAUCGAAGAAUUUUAGUCCUUUUAUAUCUAAAAAGAUGUACGCGCAAGGGAAGAUUUAUAAAUAUAAUUUUAGAUACAUUGUCGUAGAAACGAGACUAAUUAGCGCCGCUGUUACGAUCGCGCGUGACUUAUGAUACACGAGCAUUUUAUUGUCGACGUUGAAUUUAUAUUAUUAAGAGAAAUUUAUUUUACGCCAGGCUCAGAAAGCUCAGCGAUCAGGAUCAAAUCGAUGCACGAGUGUCUAUCGUGGGCUCGCGUAAUUUUCAAAAGUAGAACGAUAGAGAUGAAAAAGUGAAGACGUUCGAAGUAGGAUUACAGUACAACGGCUGAUCAUAUCACUAAGCCUUAAAUCCGUCAAGAAGAGUGCUGUCCGAGCUGAUAGGAGAUAAAGGGGAUCAAGAUCGAUCGCGAUCGACAUGCGAUCUCGAAAUUAGAGGCGACCUAUUCAAGUUUCUUUCAUGCUCAACCGACAGAUGUGAUGAUGACAAGAUCACACGAGCAAGCGAGAAUGAGGGAAUGAAUAAAUUGCGUGGUCACGUAUGAGUGUUGCGUGUAUGUGUGUGUGUGUGUGUUGCGAGUGCGUGCUUGUAUGAAAUAAAAGAAAAGACGGGGAGAAAGGGGAGGAAGUCGCGAGAUUUAAUGGAAACAUAGGCGUUUAUAUGAAUAAUACGUGUUUCGUGCUAGAAGCUUUGAUAUCGAUUAUCGCCGUUGCGAAUUCUAGUUAUCCGGUCGGUGCAGUCGAUCUUUUGUAAGAUAUAGUUUCUCUAAGACGGCUGUAAAUAAAUGGUGGAGAAUAUACAAUAAAGCGGAUUCUCUCGGUGUUUAGCGCUAGUUGUGUCGACAUGUUUCUUCCUAUAACGCACAUAUGUAUGUACAUGUAUACACGCAUAUGUAUAUAUGUACAUGUAUAUGCACAUAUAUACAUACAC